CUCAAGGUCAGGUCCCACCUCUGGAUUGGGCAGACGCGUUGACGCGUUGCGUCCGGAGCCGCUCAAAUGUGGGGGGCGUCCGCUCCCCGCUGAGACGAGCAGGAGAGGACGCACCGGAGGACGCGCUGACGAACGACUGCUGCCACGAUGAAGGCUUUGUCCCGCAGCCUGCUGCUGUGCGCGUCGCUGCUGCUGGCCGACGUGCUGGCCACGUAUCACCUGGGCGCGAGGGACCCGCAGCUGAUCGCCGCGCAAAGCUACGCGCAGACCAGGAAUAACGGGCGGCCGCCGCACAGGACCCUGAGUCCGUCCAUUCACAGAGGUGAUUACACGUAUAGAGGAGGGUAUCUCUACCACUACCAGCCUCCAAGGAUCCCUCCGCCGGUAGUGUACCGACCCGUUCCUCUCUCUCCUCCAGUGACUCACUACAGACCCCCAGUGCCCAUGUCCCCCCAUCACCACAGGUUCACAGGGCUGCAUCACAUAUACAAAGGUCUGUCUCCAGCAGUAGCCCAGCGCCCACAUCCAGGCAUCAAAGGCCCGUUUCCUUAUAAAGGUCCCUGCCCGACUAAGUCAAACCUCACCGUGCCGCUGGUGCCGCUGGUGCAGCCCCCCACUCUCCACCCGGCCGCGCCGGAGCCGACGGCGGCGCCGGCGGUGCCGGAGGCGGCCACCGCGGCGCCGCUGGCCGCCGCCACCGCGCUGGCGACCACCGCUCCCCCGCUGGUGGAGACCUCCGCUGCCGUGACGCUACCGGUCAGUACCCAAAGUGGCUUCAUCACCACCGUCAGUCCUGUGAAGACAGAGACAGACUCUCAGUGCAGGAGCCGCCCCCUGGACCUGGUCUUCAUCAUCGACAGCUCUCGCAGCGUACGCCCCGGCGAGUUCGAGAAGGUCAAGACGUUCCUGGCCCACAUGGUGGACACGCUGGACGUGGGCGCCGACGGCACCCGGGUGGCGGUGGUCAACUACGCCAGCACGGUCAAGAUCGAGUUCCUGCUCAAGGACCACGCCGGCAAGCCCAGCAUGAAGAAGGCCAUCUCCCGCAUCGAGCCGCUGGCCGCCGGCACCAUGACCGGCCUGGCCAUCAAGACGGCCAUGAACGAGGCCUUCACCGAGGCCUCGGGAGCGCGGCCCCGCUCCAGGAACAUCUCCAAGGUGGCCAUCAUCGUGACGGACGGCCGGCCUCAGGACCAGGUGGAGGAGGUGUCGGCCGCCGCCCGCGCCUCGGGCAUCGAGAUCUACGCCGUGGGGGUGGACCGCGCCGACAUGGGCUCCCUGCAGCAGAUGGCCAGCGUGCCUCUGGACGACCACGUCUUCUACGUGGAGACCUACGGCGUGAUCGAGAAGCUCACCUCCAAGUUCAGGGAGACUCUGUGCGGUCUGGACCCCUGUGCCACGGGACAUGACUGCGAGCACAUUUGUGUCAACAGCAACAGCUCCUAUUACUGCAAGUGCCGGAACGGUUAUGUCCUGAAUGCGGACAAGAAAACAUGUUCCCUGAAACAGGUGAAGGCGGUGGUGGUGGAGGACCCCUGUAAAUGUGAGGCCAGGCUGGCUUUCCAGAAGCAGACGCAGGCGGCCAUCCAGCAGCUCACGGCCAAGCUGGCAGACGUGUCUGGGAGGAUAGAGCGCCUGCAGAACGUGGUCGGCCGCGCCUAAAGACGCACACACACACACACACACACACACACACUGUGAGUGGUGAGGUAUUUUAAUUGGACUGACUGGUAAUAAAAGCAUCUCACCCACGUCCACCUUUGACCUGCUGCCUGUUCAUCCCACAGGCGUCGCCACCUCCCAGAGGAAAGCUGUGAUCUGAGCAACGUCCCUGAAGUUCAUUAAUGAACAGAACAGGCAACAUUUAGAACUGCUGUAAACACGAUUUAUGAUACUUUAUAUUAACCGAUAUGGGUUGAGUGAUGUUAAAUAACCUUUCAGCAGCACUACAUUAUGAUUGUGCUUUGUCUUCUGUGUUAAAAUGUUAGAUUGUAUGUAAGUCAAAAUGGUUUCACUCAGUGAUUAUGUUGGUUUCCUGCAUGUUUCCAUAUUUUCUUUUAAAAUACUAUGUUUUAUAGAUGUUAUGUAAUCCAUAGUUUGUGUGACGUGUGUGUAUUCAAUGCAUUAGUUAAUGUUAUAUGUGACAUGUUGUUUGUAAAUGUAACAAAACGAACAAUAAACCAACUAUAAAGGA